CUGGGCCCCACUGAGUUAAAAUCAAAGCUGGUCCGACGGGACCGUAGUCCUUUAUGGAACUCUGGAGAAUCUAUUUCCAUUCUUCAGCUUCUGGAAGCCACUCACAUUUCCUGACUCCAGUGUCCCUUCCUCCACUGUUAGAGCCAACAGCUGCACCGAGUCCUCCUGGCAUUUCUGACAUCCUUCUUGGGUCUCAUCUCUGUCCCUGACCACAGACUGGGAGUUUCUCAGGCCUGCUGAGAUGGGGGAGUAUAAUAGCCCCUCAGGGUUUGGACCCCCAAUCCAGUGUUUGUCCCCUAAGGCCUUUCCCCACUUCCUAUAUAGUCAGAAAGUUCUUAACUCUGUAGCCAUUGCCUACAGCAAGAUUCUUUCAGCCCUCUUUGCCUUCAGCUUGUCUGGAGUCCCCAUCUCUAUGGCAACAGAGGACGCAGGAAACAGGAUUGCAACACUUGGGUGGUGUUCAGCACCUGCACCAGGCUGGAGUAGAGUGGCCAGGAUUUCAAAGGUCCCCAAGAGGACACCGCCCUCACAUUCCAUCCCCACCCCAGGACCUGCUCUACACUCCCCCCACCUCUGGGGUAACUGGGAUUCUCCAAUGCUUCCUCAGGCUCUGAUUGGCACCGCCUCAGACUGUGUCCUGUUUGCCUCAGACUGUGUCCUGUUUCUCAAGUGAGAUGCAGUUGCAGAGUGAGAGCUGCCUUCAGAUAAGAUGGUAAAGCCUGGCCGCACAGAAGCCAAGUGGAAUCAAACGCUGUAAAAACAAUGCCAAGAGCAAAGAAAAGAAAAGAAAAACCUCGAGGGGCUUCCCCGUCGGUGGUCCCCGUUCUUCAGAAGUUCUUGAAGACAUACCAGAAGUACUGCGUGCAGUCUGGGACGUCCCUGUGUCCCACCAUCCAAAGGGACCUGAAGAACAGCAUUGACAGAGAGCAGAUCCUCAGGAAGUUUACGCUCGUGAGAGCUGGUGACGCCACAGCGAGCCACCCGCCUGUUUCCUUGGAGCCUUUGCUCAUGGCGAUUCGGGAUGAGCACUACACGCUGGGGAGGGAACUCUGCAUCUGGGGCCUUCAGCUGACCAAUCCCGAGAUCGCCAGGCUCGCUUUGUUUCUGGAGUCGAAGGGGCACACCAUCUGCCCAGUUACCGCCUUGGAGAUCGUUAACUGCAAGAUGGAUCUAUGGUCCCUGGGGCGACUGGGGAGAGCUUUGCAGUUCAGCAGUUUGUGUUUCCUGGCCCUCGAUUACUGCAAGUUUGGAAAUAAAGAACUUGAGAGUAUCUUCUCGGGCCUGGAAAACAACCAAAGGCUCCAAGGCCUCAGUCUGCGCUACUGUGGCCUCGGGCCUCAGAGUGGGCAGAGGCUGGGCUCUGUCAUCUCCCAGAGUGCCGUUUGCGAGCUGCAUCUGGAUGGAAAUGAUCUGCAGUGUUCUGGGACCCUGGCCCUCCUCAGACCCAUAGCAGAAUAUGCAGAGAUGCAGGGGAAGGACCAGCCCGCCUUGGCAUCACCUCACACUGGAAAUCUUCCUCUGCUUCCUCAAGUGUGUGGAGGCGGAAGCUCGACUUUGAGCCAGAUUGCGAAAUCUUCCGAAGCUGUAACAAUGAAGAGGACCUCCCAGAGGAAAAGAGGGGAAAGAGGAAUCAGGAAAAAAGUUAAACGCCUGAUGGAAGCUGGUCCUUGGGUAGUGACGCUGCAUCUGGCAGAUAACAGCAUCGACGGGACAGGAGUAGAGGGAGAGCAAUUGCUGGAACUCACUGGAACUUUAACACGCCUGAUCAAAUACUCCCCUCACUUAAGGGAACUCGACCUUGGAAACAAUGUCCUGGGAGAAACGGCUGCGGUGGACAUCCUGGGAGCCCUGAGAACCAGGAAGACAGGUAAACUACCACCCUUAAAAAUUACGGUCACUCCUCGGAUCUCCUCAGACACCUUCACUGCUAUUUGGAAACAUAGCAAGAAAUCUAAUAGGACCAGAAAAAGGAAGAAAAAGGUAAAUUCUUUACUGUCUGGGUGGUUGAGUAGCAGCCACCAGGGGGCGCUAGACGAGGCAUGA